GGGGGCCGCCAUUACGCGGAGCAGCAGCGGGGAAGGCCUCGCACCUCUCGGUUGUUGCGCCGCCGGCCUGAGGCGGGCCCGGGCCUCGCGGGUCCCGACAGCGGUGGGGCCCUUGCCCUGCCCGGCCCCACCGCCAUGGAGGAAAAAGGUUUCGCCAAGGAGUUGGAUCAGUGGAUCGAGCAGCUGAACGAGUGCCGGCAGCUGAGCGAGAGCCAGGUCCGCAGCCUCUGCGAGAAGGCAAAAGAAAUCCUGACAAAGGAAUCAAACGUGCAGGAGGUACGUUGCCCUGUCACUGUCUGUGGAGAUGUCCACGGGCAGUUCCAUGACCUUAUGGAACUCUUUAGAAUCGGAGGGAAGUCUCCAGACACAAAUUACCUCUUCAUGGGAGACUACGUGGACAGAGGCUAUUACUCGGUGGAAACAGUGACUCUUCUAGUAGCAUUAAAGGUGCGUUACCCGGAACGCAUCACCAUCCUGAGGGGCAACCACGAGAGCAGGCAGAUCACACAGGUCUACGGCUUCUACGACGAGUGUCUGCGCAAGUACGGCAACGCCAACGUCUGGAAGUACUUCACAGACCUGUUCGAUUAUCUGCCACUUACAGCCCUAGUAGAUGGACAGAUAUUCUGUCUCCACGGUGGCCUCUCUCCAUCCAUAGAUACACUGGAUCAUAUCAGAGCUCUGGACCGCCUGCAGGAAGUUCCACAUGAGGGUCCUAUGUGUGACCUGUUGUGGUCGGAUCCAGAUGAUCGUGGUGGCUGGGGAAUAUCUCCUCGUGGUGCUGGCUACACCUUUGGGCAAGAUAUUUCUGAAACAUUUAAUCAUGCCAAUGGUCUCACACUGGUCUCCCGUGCUCACCAGCUUGUCAUGGAGGGUUAUAACUGGUGCCAUGACCGAAAUGUGGUUACCAUUUUCAGUGCACCCAAUUACUGCUACCGUUGUGGGAACCAGGCUGCUAUCAUGGAACUAGAUGACACUUUAAAAUAUUCCUUCCUCCAGUUUGACCCAGCACCUCGUCGUGGAGAGCCUCAUGUUACCCGUCGUACCCCAGACUACUUCCUAUAAACCUCUCCUAACCUUUGUAGAAAGAAGUACAACCUGGCAUUUUCAAGAGCAACAAUAUUUACACGUUUCUGUAAGAAAUCGGGGUUCAUCUCAACUUCAGAAAUCCCCAUCAUGGACCAAAAUGUGCCAUACAAAGGACGAAGAGUGUUUAGCACAACUUGAGACUGAAUUCCUUCCAACACUAUUAUCUAUCCUGUCCCCCAUCAGCCCGACAGUUUGCCUGCUGUAUUAUUUGUAGUCGUUGUUUCUCUUCUGGACUGUUCAGAGAGGAAAGAAAAACAAACAAACAAAAAAUUAACUCGAAUAACACUUCCAUCUCCUUUGGCGCUUCUUUGUAAAUUUUUAGUCCUAGUGUUUAACUGGCAUGACUUAGAGGUGAUUCCCGAGGGAAAUGCACACUAAUUCCUUCCCCCACCACUCUGUGUUUUACCGAAUGACCCAUCUGAUCGACUUAACUGGAGAAAGGAAGCGAUUCCUGCUUGGGAGUACGUUGUCAUAACACGGAUAAAAGCCUUCCCUUAGCUCCACCCCCCUUCUCUGUUGAUCCUGGCCCCCCCUUUUAUUUUUUUUUUUUUUUUUUUUUUUUUCUUUUUUUUUUUUUUUUUUCUUUUUUUUUGGGGUUUGUUUUGUUAUUUCCCCUUUACCCCUUCUGUAUAUUUGUCCUGGAAGUGCUUGCGCCCUUUCCCCCCUCCCUUCCUCCUCCGGCUGUACCCCAAACAAUAAACUUGCCGUUGUCAGCCCCCAA